AUCACCACCAGAACAAGACAAUUGCAUCCCUCCAAGUCAUCAUCUUUGGAAGGCUGUAUCCGGGGAGUAACACCUCUGGCCAUCUUUCGUUCCUUAUUGUCCCAGCCUCUUAAAUUCUCUCUCUCGCAUCCUCAUUCGCUGUCUCGCUAUUAUGGCUUUGGUUGAGAACCAUCUCGAUGAGCAUCUACUGGCGGUGGACGUGGAGGAAGGAGACGGAUAUCCGGAAGAUCCGAAAUUUCGGAUCCGUGAUUUGAAGAAGGUUUCGGAUGUUGGAGCUCCGAUACUGAACGGGAUCAACAUGGACAUACCCAAGGGGGUGGUUGUGGGGAUCAUAGGGCCCAGUGGGAGCGGGAAAUCAACGGUUCUGAGGGCGCUUAACCGGUUGUGGGAACCACCUUCAGGGACGGUGUUUUUGGACGGUCAAGAUAUAACGGGUCUUGAUGUUCUCGCUCUUCGACGUAAGGUCGGAAUGCUCUUUCAACUGCCGGCCCUCUUCGACGGCACAGUUGCAGAUAAUGUACGAUAUGGACCGCAACUGAGGGGGAAGAAGCUUACUGACACUGAGGUCUACAACUUGCUUACACUAGCAGACCUUGAUUCAUCCUUUUAUAGCAAAAAUGGUAGUGAGUUAUCAGUGGGUCAAGCUCAAAGAGUUGCACUUGCCAGGACCUUAGCCAAUGAACCAGAGGUUUUGCUGCUAGAUGAGCCAACGAGUGCCUUGGAUCCAAUAGCGACACAGAACGUAGAGGAUGUAAUUGUGAAGCUGAAGAAGAAUCGUGGAAUGACAGUUGUGAUGGUCUCCCACAGCAUAAAGCAGAUUCAGAGGAUUGCUGAUGUAGUUUUCUUGUUAGUGAAUGGGGAGAUAGUUGAAGUUUUACAACCUGAUAAGCUUUCCGAAGCCAAGCAUCCCAUGGCCUUAAGGUUUCUUCAACUCUCUUGAAGAAUUUUGUUGUGUUAUUUUUGGCUUCCACUUUGUUAUUGGAUCAAAGUCAUUCAUACACAUGUAAAUAAAUCUAGCCUCAACUCUUAUUCGCUUUGUGUUAUUGGAUCAUUAUACUAUGAAGUCCCUGUCUGUCUUCCUGUA